GGCUCCGAACAUGUGGAAAGACUGAGAGGCCGCUCUUAGGCGCCUGAGGGCGGGUGUGACCUGAAAAUCGAGGCCCAGGCUCGAGGAGAUAGUAGGCCGCAAGCCAAUAUAAGCGCCUGAGCCACUUUAGCCGGGGACAUCAUGAGGGGGAUGGUGGCCACAGAUCUCGGGCUUUGCCUGCUGCUUCUUCUUCUCUGGUGCGGCCUCUCCAGGGGUCGCGUAGGGCUGUGCAUUUACCUGAGCAGCUGGGCUGUGCACAUCCCUGGAGGCGUGCAAGAAGCGCAUCGCCUAGCACGCAAGCAUGGUCUGCUCUACAUGGGCCAGGUGAUUGAAGGGGGAGAUUAUUACCACCUUGAACACCGAGGAGUAAAACGACAGUCCUUAAAUCCGCACUGGGGUUGGCACAUAAGUCUGAAGAAGGAGCCCACGAUCCACUGGUUUGAGCAGCAGACUUUGAAGAGACGAUCGCGAAGGACAGUUGCAGUGGUGCCCACUGACCCUUGGUUCCAGAAACAGUGGUAUAUGAACAAUGAUGUGACUCCAGACCUCAACGUACUGGCUGCUUGGAGCAGAGGUUACACUGGCCUGGGGGUGGUGGUGAGCAUUUUGGACGAUGGCAUUGAAAAAGACCAUCCUGAUCUGGCAGUCAAUUACGAUCCCUUGGCAAGUUACGAUUUUAAUAACAACGAUCCAGACCCUCAGCCACGCUACGAUGUUUGGGAUCAGAAUCGGCAUGGAACUCGCUGCGCUGGGGAGGUGGCCGCUGCUGCUAACAACGGUGUUUGUGGAACUGGCAUUGCAUACAGAGCAAAAAUCGGGGGCGUGAGGAUGCUGGACGGGCCCGUGACGGAUAUCGUGGAAGCCCAGUCCUUGAGUUUCCAUCCCCAGCACAUCGACAUAUACAGCGCCAGCUGGGGCCCAGAGGAUGAUGGGAAAACGGUGGACGGCCCAGGGACUCUAGCCCUGGAAGCCUUCCGCAACGGGAUCAUCAGCGGCCGUGGUGGGCUGGGCUCGCUCUUCAUCUGGGCUUCCGGCAACGGCGGGCACCGUUACGACAACUGCAACUGCGACGGUUACACAAACAGCAUCUAUACCUUGUCGGUGGGCAGCACAACCGAGAGCGGCCGGGUGCCCUGGUACAACGAGGCCUGCGCUUCCACCCUCACCGCCACCUACAGCAGCGGGGCAAAGGGGGAAAAGCAGAUCGUGACAACAGACUUGCGGCACAGAUGCACCAGUGAGCACACCGGCUCCUCUGCCUCCGCCCCUCUCGCGGCUGGUAUGAUCGCUCUCGCUCUGGAGGCCAACCCAGCUCUGACCUGGCGGGACAUGCAGCAUCUGGUGGUGAGAGCCUCCAAGCCAGCCCACCUGCAGGCGGGCGACUGGGCUGUGAAUGGUGCAGGACGCAAAGUGAGCCACCAUUAUGGAUAUGGACUCUUAGAUGCCGGAGACCUGGUCGAUUUGGCCAAAAAGUGGACACCAAUUCGACCCCAGCAAAAGUGUUUCAUCAACGUUAUCCACAAGCCAUUGGCAAUCCGCUCGAGGCUGUCUGUGUCCGCCAAUGCCUCUGCCUGCCAUGGGGGAAAAGCUGACAUUGUCUCUCUGGAGCAUGUCCAGGUGCAGCUUUCGCUCAGCUACAGCCGGAGAGGAGAUUUAGCCAUCUCGCUGACCAGUCCGAUGGGUACCAAAUCCACCCUAGUGGCUGUCAGGCCUUAUGAUACUAGUAGCGCCGGGUACAAGGACUGGUCCUUUAUGUCCACACACUACUGGGAUGAAGACCCACGUGGCAUCUGGACCCUUCUUCUGGAGAACAAGGGAGAUGCAUACAACACAGGCUUCCUGACGCACUUUGUAUUGAAACUGUACGGGACAGACGAGGAUAUGGCAGUGAGAAGGGCAGCCACUUUGGUGGUGAGCGAGUGCGUGAGGCGAGAUGCUGAUGGGAUGUGCCAGGAAUGCACCAGCCCAUUCUACGCUUUCCACCACCUGUGCCUCUCCUACUGCCCGCCCAGGUAUUACAGCCACUCUCGUCGUUCACGGGACCCCGGCGGUACCUCCCGUGUGGUCCAAGCGUGUGUCGCCUGCCACAGCUCGUGCUACACGUGCCAAGGAGGAACUGCCAAUAACUGUACAGCCUGCCCGCCCUUCAGUGCCUACGAUAAGCUCUCCCGCUCCUGUUCUCAGCCGCUUCGUACCUCUCUACCCCACAGUGGAAACAUCUUCCAGGGGCCCCAGCGCCUUCUGCUCCUGAUUGCCGUGAUCCUGCUUUGCGUGAGCCCGGUCCUCGGCAUCAUCUAUCUGGCGUCCCGCAUGUUGCACUGGGCGGGGCCCUGGCACAAAACCCCCGACCCGGUUCCUGAAUCUGAGGCUGCCAUCUUGGAACUGGUCCGUUGCAACCGCGCCAGCGCAGAGGAACAGAGGAAGGAACUGGGACAGAAACUUCUGCCGUGAAGCAGCGCCUGUGGUCUGCUCUCCAGAAACACCCCAGUGCUACUUGCCUUGUUAUUUUAAUCGCCCUAAAUUAAUGCUGCGUGGCCCUGAAUGCAAUAAACAUCUGGCUUCAGCCAGUCUCACUUCUA